AUGGUUUAUAUUUUACUGGAGCAAGCAUCCUGUCAAACACUAGGUUUUGGAGAAAACAAACUUCACCAGGAAUUACAUAAAAGUACACGCGUUCGUGUACGUUCGUGUCGUUCGGUGUCGUCUGCCAAAUGUCAAUAUUGUGAUUGCUAUGGUGACUAUUGCUCAGCUAACAAAGUAGAAAGAACGAUAGAACAUUUCUACGGGGGAAUAUUUGUGAACAAGAAUGAAUUUCGAAAAAUGUUAAACUUAGGAUCAAGCCAUGAAAAGGUUGGCAGAAUAAAGACAUUUAAGACUGCUGCUUCUUCCAGGAGUUGUAAACACAAAUUUAGAGAUGACGGCUGUUGUGAAACAGUUAUUACACAUAUUGAGCCUUUGCAAAUUGAGUUAUAUGGUGUAAUAAGGACAGUUGUAAGAGCUGAUGGUAACACACAUCUUAUAUCAAAUCAAACUAUUGAAACUGGCAAAUGUCGCAGAUGUUCAGGAGGUGUUUGUCGAUGUGGAACAAACAACGAAAGCAGGUGUAUGGAAGAAAAGUUUAUUACUCAUAUUCUUGUCUUUGCAGAAAAUAACAAUUUUGAAUACGAGUUUAUUUUUUAUGAAUAUAGUAGAUUCUGCAGGUGCAUUCAUACAUGA